AGAGUCUCUUCUCAAAGGCUGUUUCACAGUGAAAAUAUGCUCAGUGCAGCUGAGUGCAUGAAUGAAAAAGCCUCUGGUACCUUCUAGUCUGGCAAAAUGCAGCACGAAACUCAACUUACUCUGUCCUUUCUGCUGUCCCAGAUUCUGCUGCUUGCAUGUGCAGAAGACUUAGAAUGUGUCCCUGGAUUCCAGCAAAAAAAAUUUUACAUUGAAGAGCCAAUUGAAUUCACAGAAGACCAGCCAGUUCUGAACUUGAAAUUUGAUGACUGCAAGGGGAAUAACAAAUUGAACUUCGAAGUUUCUAACCCAGACUUUAAGGUGGAACGUGAUGGGUCUUUAGUUGCGCUAAAGAAUGUAUCAGAAGCUGGCAGAGCCUUGUUUGUCCACGCGCGGUCUGAGCAUGCUGAGGAUAUGGCAGAAAUUUUGAUUGUUGGAGCAAAUGAAAAACAUGGUGCAUUAAAGGAAAUCUUUAAGAUAGAAGGCAACCUUGGAAUUCCAAGACAAAAAAGGGCUAUUUUGGCAACUCCAAUAUUAAUUCCUGAGAAUCAAAGACCACCGUUCCCCAGAUCUGUUGGCAAGGUCAUCAGCAGUGAAGGAACAGAGGGAGCAAAGUUUCGGCUCUCUGGUAAGGGAGUAGAUCAAGACCCAAAAGGAAUUUUCAGAAUCAAUGAGAUCAGUGGGGAUGUCUCUGUGACCCGAGUCCUGGAUAGAGAAGCAAUUGCCAAUUAUGAGCUUGAAGUUGAGGUCAUAGACAUAAGUGGGAAAACCAUUGAUGGUCCAGUCCGUCUAGAUAUUGCUGUUAUUGAUCAAAAUGACAACAGGCCAAUGUUCAAAGAAGGACCCUAUGUUGGUCAUGUCAUGGAGGGAUCCCCUACAGGAACGACUGUGAUGCGAAUGACAGCAUUUGAUGCUGAUGACUCCAGCACAGACAAUGCUCUUCUGCGGUAUAACAUCCUCAAACAGUCACCUACCAAACCGUCUCCAAAUAUGUUCUAUAUUGAUCCAGAAAAGGGAGAUAUUGUUACAGUGGUGUCACCUGUACUGUUGGAUCGUGAGACUAUGGAGACUCCAAAAUAUGAGCUAGUUAUAGAAGCUAAGGACAUGGGUGGUCUUGAUGUGGGACUAACCGGCACAGCAACUGCCACCAUUCUUAUUGAUGACAAAAAUGACCAUCCACCUGAAUUUACCAAGAAAGAGUUUCAAGCUACAGUAAAGGAGGGAGUCACAGGUGUAAUAGUAAACUUAACUGUUGGUGACCGAGACGACCCAGCAACUGGAGCAUGGAGAGCUGUCUACACCAUUAUUAAUGGAAACCCAGGGCAGAGUUUUGAGAUCCAUACCAACCCCCAGACUAAUGAGGGAAUGCUCUCUGUUGUCAAACCUUUAGACUAUGAGAUUUCUGCAUUUCACACGUUGCUAAUCAAAGUAGAAAACGAAGACCCACUGAUUCCAGACAUCGCCUAUGGACCCAGUUCCACAGCAACAGUUCAGAUCACCGUUGAGGAUGUGAAUGAAGGCCCAGUUUUCCACCCAAAUCCAAUGACAGUGACAAAACAGGAAAACAUCCCUGUUGGCAGUGUUGUUUUAACGGUAAAUGCCACUGAUCCAGAUACUUUGCAGCAUCAGACUAUCAGGUAUUCAGUUUACAAGGAUCCAGCAGGCUGGCUAGAAAUCAACCCUACCAACGGUACCAUUGGCACCACGGCUGUUCUGGAUCGGGAGUCUCCUCAUGUUCAGAACAACGUAUACACUGCUCUCUUUCUGGCAAUAGACAGUGGUAACCCUCCUGCUACAGGUACAGGAACUUUACACAUCACUUUAGAGGAUGUCAAUGACAACGUCCCAUCCCUUUAUCCAACACUGGCAAAAGUUUGUGACGAUGCAAAAGAUCUCAGGGUAGUGGUGCUAGGAGCAUCAGAUAAAGACCUUCAUCCCAACACAGAUCCGUUCAAAUUUGAACUGAGUAAGCAAUCUGGCCCAGAAAAAUUGUGGAGAAUUACCAAGCUUAACAAUACUCAUGCUCAGGUCGUCCUGCUUCAAAACCUGAAAAAGGCCAAUUACAACAUCCCAAUCUCAGUCACAGAUUCUGGACAACCACCACUGACUAACAACACAGAACUGAAAUUACAAGUGUGUUCCUGCAAGAAAUCCAAAAUGGACUGCAGUGCAACUGAUGCCCUUCAUAUCAGCAUGACCCUUAUCCUUCUUUCACUCUUCAGUUUAUUGUGUCUGUAAGAACUCCUGACAUUUGAAGCUGUCCUACCAAGUUGCCAUGGCAACGAGAAAAAAAGAAACCGUCAGAUCUGAAGAUUGCAGUUUACAGUUACUGUUCUUCACUACUAGGCCUCAGUUGCUCCAGAUUCAGUUUAAUUUGCAACCUCACUUAAUCUGUCCGACUAUACAUUGGUGUUUGGCAGCCUCCACCCUCACUCCCGUUGGUUAAUGGAUUCCUCUUGCCACACGCAAGGUUUAUGCGGAUUCUCUCCGAAUGUUUAAAAGACCACGACACACCUAAACUGGACCUUGGGGGAGCAGAAAACAGAUUGACUCAAUUUUUUUUCUAUCUGUUGACUUGUUGCUAUUCAACUGUUCAGAAAAUAUUUUGUCCGUGGGUUAGUAUUUGUAUAUGUAUGAGUGUAUGUAUAUAUAUAUAUUUAUAUAGAGAGAAGAGUUAUAGGACAGGUUUAGCUUUCUUAAAAUCAUCUGGAGUGUGCGAGGGACAAAGCAGAACAACACAGGCCCAGAUGAAUUGUAACUAUCCUACCAUGGCUAAACCUACUGUAUUUGCUGUUUAUAGUGUGGCCAAGAGGAGAGAGCCUAUUGCAAUCGUACUGCUGCAACAGCCACUCUGUUGGCACAAAUAAGGCAGGCCCAGGGCUCUGCAGUGUCACUUCUUGUACCUCAGGUUCAGCAAACAAGAAAUGCAAGUCCCCCUGCCUUGUUUCUGAUCCGAACUGCCCCACAUGGAAUUGAUGAUCCUGGUGCUCAGCUCCCUCGGUGGGUGGGAGGUUCUGCCCAGCUCUGGUCUGUGAGGAAGCGGGAAGCAGCGGCUGCAGCCAGCCCUGAUGGGGCACGAUGUACAGCAAUGCCAGUGCUGGGCCUGACCUCAAAGGGGCUAAAGUCAGCUUCCUUUAUGGUCCUGCAGAUAGCUGUUUGCUGGGGCACUUUACAAAAUGUAAGUCUUUGGCCAGCUCCGUGGGCUCCACAGUUAGGUAAGUAGAUGCCUGUGGAGGAGCAGCUGAUUAGAAGAGCAAAGUAUUUCUCAGCAGCACUGGUCUCUCUCAGCGCCUCUGUGCAGCUGUCAUCACACACGGGAGCGCAACAAGGAAAACAGAUGCCCUGUUCUAUAAAUAAAUUCACAUACACAUAUAUAUAGUUUUGAAUAUAUAUAUACAUACAUACACAUGUACACACAGUUUCCAGUUAAGAGUAACAAGAGCAUUUCUUUGUGUGUGUAAACUUACCACACUUGUUUGCAGACAUGGGGGAAAAAAAAGGGUGUUCGCUAUAUAUGAAUAUCAAUCCUUUUUUUAUUCUGUGAGCAUGUAAGGUCACAAAGAGCCUUCCAACUGUAUCAAGAUGAUCAUCUUGUUAAUAAAUUGUAAAUGAUCCAUCAAAGCUCACACCAAAUUUUUAUAAAAUUAACACAAAAAGUAUACUAGUGACAGACUGUGGCUUUUAUUAGAGCUUGCCAGUAACUAGGGUAAGGUGUCUUAGAAUAUUUUAAUAAACUUGCUUAUUUAAAGUUUAAAUGAGAAAGCUUCCUUAUGCAAUAGAACUUUGCAGCUGCAUUCUUCAGUUAGCAUUUUCACAGUACUUACGAGUCAUACUGUAUGUUGUCUUUACUACAGUGAGAUUAUGAGCAUAUCUUCUCCACACCCUGUAUAUGUUUCAAUAGUAAAGCUUUCUGGAAACAUUAAAAAGUCAAAACAUAUAUUUAGUUUUCCAUAAUGCUACACUAGAUAUUAAAUGUGUGUUGGUGGUUAAAAAUUGCUGUACAAUAGCUUUUCUCUGACUUCCUGUGUUGUACCAAAUAUGAAAGCAGUCUUUUUUCUUUAAUCAAAAGGCAUAAUAACAACAGCAACAGAGGAAAGAUUAUUUGUGUUGUGAACUUUCCUAACACUGUCAAUUUCUUGAUAAGAUACCAACUGCCUUCAGACAGGAACCUAUUAUUUUUGUUCAUCCAGCUUAACUCCUGCAGUCCUGACCAAGUAAAAUCUCCCACUGACCUUGUUUCUCUUGCAGCACGCUCCAGGUGUUCCAGUUACCAAAGUGGCACUUUGAGGGUCACGGGAGUUUGUGCUGAGGAAGGGCUUCAGGAAUGGGCUGUUGGGCAGCUGCAGGCGUCUCAAUGGGAAAGUGCCCGAUCUCAAUCCUUAACGUAGGCAAGCUUCUACUUCUUCUCUGUCCAUGCCUUGUAAUGAUCAUGUGCUGCUCCUUUAUCAUCAAUUGUCAUGCCCUUUUAAAAAAGGUAGUUUUUAGGCAGAAUUUUUAAAAGAAAUGAAAAGAAUAGAAUCAAGAAGUGCAUGACACCAUUGGAUUUUAAACAUAUAUCUUUAAAUAAUGAACCCAAAGAUAAACUGCACCUUGUGCUUUGAUCUACAAAACCUCUAUCCUGAAUUAAAGAAAUUAUAGCAUCCUCCCUCACAUAUACUCCUUUUCUACUUACUCUUUCCUCUCUCUCUAGCCAUCAAAAUCCUCCUCUGGAAAGACAUCUGUUGACAUAAGUGUCAUUUCUAUCAAGUACCAGGUAAAGCUAUCCUUUUCUUGCUUAAACCAAGGCUCACAGAGCAGUUAAAGGAUCAUUCCAAGGGCAUCCAAAUGAGGAACAAACAAAAAUCUCUUCUGCCUGAAACUAUGCUAACAAUGGGAAAACUUUCUCACACUUUAUGUCCAAGAAGCAGAGGUCUUUGUUCUCAGUUGAUACUGCAGCCUUUUGACAUGUACAGAGGUCAGUAUCAUGGCUGAAACUCUGGCUCAGGUUGCAUCAAAAUCUUCAUUCACCAUUAUUACUUUAUUUCUGCACCUAGAUUGAAGCCUCCCAGCCUGUAUGGUCUCUAGGUUUCAGAUGAUGCUAAUCACUGGACUACCUAAGCAUGCAAAGAUGAAGCUACCAUGUUAAUGUUUCUCCCCCUCUAUACCUGAGAACAAAGCCCACUUCACAAGAGAUCGUGGCACUUUCUGUAGUGUUCUACAAGUGAGGAAUCAUAUCAGAAUCAGAGUUUUCCUACCUGAAUAAAAUUGUUAGCUCUGGCUCAAAAAAAUGAUGUCCAUUUCCUGAAAACAAAAAGAGCAACAAGAAUUGAUUCAUUUUUCUACAAUAUCAUGAAAAAAGUAGAGAAGUUGUAAAAUUACCUGUCUUUUUUUUAAUAGUUAAAAAACAUUUCCUCAGCCAAGCUUACAGUUUAUAUAAUAUAGCACUUAUUUUUACCUGUCUAUUUUGGUCACUGCAAAGGUUUGUAGACAUUUAAUGCUGUCUGCAGUCAGCACCUUGAUUUUCAUUUUGCAACAUGCACAGAACUUCUUGUGCAAAAAAUCUUUUCACUUGAAAAGAUUAUCUGCUAUUAAAAGAAUUUGGGCAUAACAAUUAGAGAGUUUAUUAGCAAGACAAAGGUCGCAUUUGCAGCAUACUUGCUAAUUGACCCCUUGUCUGUACACCUCAUGUGUGUGCUUUUACAAUGUGGCUAUGUGCAUUUAUCAAUGUACAUUUUAUUCAGUAACUGUAGGUCUGAAGAUCAAAAACAAAGGGGAAAGAAGCUGAAAUUCCUACUGAGUAUCAAGGAAAAUUAGGUAAGAGUGGAAUAGUGGCUAAUACACUUUGAGCCCUGUUCUCGUCACAUUUACAGUGGUGUAAAUCAAAGAGCAACUCCAUUACUGGAAUUGUUUGAGAUCAGUUAAUCAUACUUAGGGGGCAUUUUUCAUCCAAACCUCCCCACAUAUUGCUUUGGUCUGCUGUGGACAGUAAAGCAGCAGUAUUUGUCACAAGAUUGUUGAGUGUUUAUGUAUUAUGGGAAGCCUGUCUGUGACAUACAGAGAAACCUACAGCUUCAGCAUCUCCUACAACUCACUUCUUUCACCAGCCACUUAACGUGUCUCUAAGGCACUCAUCAUAAUUGGGUUUCACCUUCAUUUGAAAUAGCUGUGGUCUGUACUCAAAUGAUUCAUCCUGGUCUCUUGCUUAGUCAUUUAAGUUAGGGAUCACUAUAAUACAAACCCCAGUUACUAAAUUAUGGACUCAGAAGUCAUUUUUGUAGGGUCCUACCUUAACUGUUUUAUCAUAAAGACAGAUAUAUUUUACAUUAACAACUUUUACAUCAUUGGUCUUUUCUUUGCAAAGACCUCCUGUCUGAAAUACUGAGAAAUCUGCCAAUUUUCUUCUCAAUUGUUGAUCAUUCACUCGGCCACUUGAAACAGCAACGUUUUGUACACAAAUAAUUUGAUAUCACUGUUUGUCUAAAGGCUAAGCUUCUUUCUGAAUGGGUUUAAUAACACCUUAUUUCAGUAAAAAAAAAAAAGCCACAAGAUAAAUUACAUUGAAGUCACAUCAGCUUGAGAAUACCAAGUCUAAGGCAAAACUCUGAUCCUAUCUUCUCUUUAUUGCAUCUCUAAAAACUGUUGUCUGAGAGAUCCACCAUCCCAUGCUAACAAAAAGAUAACUAAAAUAGCUAUUAUUUUCUUUCAAUUAUCUCUGUGGUCUAUAAUCUUUGGAAUUAACAUGCAAAGUACAUUAGUAAUUAUCAUUACAACUAUUCUUUUUAAGGCAGAUAUAGCUGACUAUUGAACUAAGUAAAGCACAUAACCCAUUGACUGCUGUUCUCUUGCCUCACGUCAAGAUCUGCUAUAGCUGAAUUAUACAUGUCCAAAUGAAAUGGAUACACUCAUACACUCUCAGUGGAAAGUUACUAGUUGCACAAUUGUUAUGUGUGUGUAUAUAUGUAGAUAUAUAGAGAUAUACACAUACACAUAUAAAUAUAUAUAUAUAGAUAUAUAAAAUAUUAUGCAGAUGGAGGGAGACUAAUACAACAUGGGGACUUGGAACAAGCAGUUUAAUUCCAUGAAUUACAGAUGAAUAUACGAGUUAAGGGACAGCAUGGGUUGCAAAUGCCAAACCAGUCUGAUUGAAAGGAAAACACCAUACACUAAAUCCCAGGCUAAGCCCAAGUCUCAUGUUGUAUCUAUGCUACCUUUAGCUGUCCCCUCUUAACACAAUUCUAUCCUUUGAAGAUAUGCAUAAUAGUCUACUGACUCAUUUUUAGUUGUCUGUGUAUCAGCAGGUCACCAGUAGUGAAAAUGGAAGGGUUUAUAGCCAGAAUUCUGCAGUAUUGUGCUUUUGGUGGGACAGCUACUUGGGAAAGCUUCAUCUGCCCUUUAACAUGAAAUUCCUCCUCUGUGUCAGCAAAUAACUGUAUUUGAUGACUUGAGGUCAAUAAUGAAUGUAGUCUAAAGAGAGACCGUGUGUGUGCAGGUGCACACACCCUGCCUGGGGCUGCAGAACACAAGCAGGUCUGGUAGACUGUGGUGGUGAAUAAGUACAAACAAGCUGUGUUGUUACUGCCAUUUCAGACAGAACCUUCCUGUAAAAUCAUAUUUGCCCCACAACAAACUCCAAGUUACCACCAGCGCUGUUUUUUUAUGAUUUUCUUCUUUUAAAGUUCAAGCAAGAAGGAAAAUAUUUUGUUUGAUUUUACAGAUGCUUAAUUCAGCUAAUUUUCCAGUUAAUUGUUCCUUUGGGCCCUAGUUGCUGAAUUGCUUGCUGUUUCUGAGGUGUAAAUAAACGUUUUGAUUCAUGACGUGGUUGCAAAGAAACUUGUAAUUUAUUUGUGAAAUGCUCAAAUAAAGGA